AAUAACACGUACACACCGACCUCUUCUUAAUUUCUUUCUAUUCUAUAUAUAUUCUUCACACCAUCCCUUCUUCCACUUUUAACAUCAUAUAUAUAUCAACUUCUACUCCAACCAGACCACAUCAAAUUGUUACAUCUAAAUUCCAACAUGACAUGUUCUCGCUGGUUUUGUUCUCUUCGUAUAUCAGGUAGAUCACGAAAAAAAUGUGAUGAGGAAGAUGGCUUGCGUAGCAAGCCAAAUGUAAAUGAAGAAUAUCUCCAAACAUUUAGAACAGAAUCUUAUAUGGAAAUAUGCAACAAAGCACAAAGGCAAUCUGGGAAGAGAAUUAGCACCAAAAGACUCUCUUCCUCUUCUUCAACAUCUCCCCUUCCUCCCAUAUGCUUGAAUCUCACUGACUCAUUGCUCGAACCACGACAAGAAAUCAUCGCAAACUUGAUACAAAAUUUCAAGGUGCAUAAUCUUCUAGUGGACUAUUUCGAAGCUAGCUUAGAAGCAUGUCGUUAUUGUGACACAAUUCUUGAAGGAAUCCACUCAACAAGACUUUCUUAUACAAGAAUCACAAGAGUUGUUAAGCUAAGCAAAAGGGUAUUAAUAAAUUUCAAUGAUAGCACCAAUGAACAAACAAAAAAGGAUAUAUACAAAGAGCUUGAUUCAUUUUCAUCAAAACUACAAAAUAAUCAUUUGUCCGUUAUUAGCACAACGCAAUUCAGCAACAUUCACAAUAAGUACAUGGAACUUCUUCAAAGACUAACAUCAAAGAGAAAAAGAAUUAAAAGAAGACUAACAUUGAUUAGUGUUUGCAAGAAAGUUGGAGGAAUUGCUCUUGUUACUUCACAUGGUGCUAUUCUUAUUGCUUUAUUAGUGGUUUCAUUACACAGUGUUGUUGGGUUGGUGGCUGCUCCAAGUAUUGUUGGUGGUUUAGUUGGUUUGUUCAUAAAUAGAAUCAAAAUUAGGAUAAAGAAAAGAACAAAGUGUGAAAGAUUAUGUGAACAACUUGAUGCUGCUGCAAAAGGGGUUUUUAUAUUGAUAAAUGAUUUGGAUACUAUGAGUAGGAUGGUGAAGAGGUUGAAUGAUGAAGUGGAACAUAGAAAAAUGAUUGCUGAUGUUUGUGUGAAGAAUGUUGGUAGUAAAUGUGAAAUAAUGAAGCGUGUUAUGAGUGAAUUUAGUGAUCAUGAUGGUAGCUUUUUGGAGCAAUUGGAAGAGCUUGAAGAACAUGUUUACUUGUGCUUUCUCACUGUUAACAAAUCCAGGAGACUUGUUAUGCAACAAAUUACAGAGAGACCACAACAUUAAUUAAUUUAGAUAAUUUGAAAUUUAUUAGAAUUAAUGUAAAGUUAUUUAAGGUAGUUACAGUUUACAAGUAAUUAUAUAGAGAAAUAAUUCACGACCAUGAUUUUUUAUGAGCCUUGUCCAGCUCAUAUAUCUCGUUUUGUAAUCGCUGAUGCUUCUGGAACUGUUGUUCCAAGGCUAGAUAGCUUGUAAUAUUUUCUUUAGGGCGCAAGCCCUCCAUUCAAUCAAAAUAAAAAAUAAAAACAUUCACGAUCACGACCAUGAUUUUU